AUGACGAGUUUCCCGGUGAGAUUUGACAACGUUGACCAGUUACUGGUGAAAUUUAGCGAUGCUGACAAGUUCCCGGCAAGAUCUGGCGAGGCUGACGAGUUCCCGGGUGGAGGGAUCAUGCUGCUAUUUCUGCGACCAACUCGCAGAUUAUGCUAUUCCUCUAUAGCCUCCACUGUUAUUGCCUCCAGCUUUCACGCUCCAGCUGUAUCCAAUAAUCAGGAGGAAGAGCCUGCCCUUUUCAAACUUAAAUCUGAGCGAGACCCUGCGAAGCUAUUCAACCUCUUUCAAGCUAAUGCCACCAACCACUUGGUCUUUGAAAAUCAUUUUGCUUUUGAAGACACCGUUUCUAGAUUAGCCAGGGCACGUCGGUUUGAUUUCAUCGAGAAGCUACUGGAGAAUCAGAAGACCCUUCCACAAGGUAGGCACGAGGGCUUCGUUGUAAGGAUUAUUAUGUUAUACGGCAAGGCUGGGGUGACUAAUCAUGCCCUCGAUACUUUCUACAAUAUGGACUUAUACGGCUGUAAGAGGACUGUUAAGUCCUUCAAUGCCGCACUUAAAGUCUUAACUUUGAAACCUGAUCUCCGCACCAUCUAG